CGGGGAAUCCGGAAGCUCCUUGGGCCGCGGGGCUCCCGCCGGGCUCCGGGGUCGCGGGCGAGCACGGCAUGGCUGAGCGCCGGAGGCACGUAUUUGUUGAUAAAGUGCUAAAGAGACUUUUUCCUACUACUUCAAGUGGUCAAGAAAAAACGACUUCCCAGACACCAGCCUCUGAGAAACCAUGCAAGAGAGUGGCUCCUGAGACUGUGAAAUCCAAGCCUGUGCAGUCUUUGACAGACAGUGACACUAAGACGCAGUCUGACAGGCGGCUCUAUACUGUGAGUCUACCCCCCGAGGGGUAUUUGCCGGAGUCACACAGCUGCUUGGAUUCUGAGAAUAUCUCCACCGGGGAGGAUGUAGAAGGUAAAAAGGGGAAGAGGAAAGGUGAACAGUAUACAUAUCAGGAUUUUCAUGAUCAACCAAAGAGAAGAAGAAUUAGAAAACAUAAAUCAAAGAAAAAUUUGAAAAAUUCCAAUAUUGUUCAUGUAGAACAAGCAGAAUUAGAGAAACAUCAGAGUCUUUUACAAGAGAAAUCGCAGCUCCAGCACACAGAUGGCCCGUCAAUCAGCAAAAAUAAAAAAAGGAAACUGAAAAAGAAACGGCAGAUUAAAAGGAAGAAAGCAGCUGGCUUAGCAGCCAAGGCUUCAGGUGUCAAUUUCAUGUACCAACCUGCAGAGAGCACCAGUGAGCAAGAAAAUGAAAGAGACAGUGAGGGAGAAGCUAGAGACAGCAGUGAGGAAGAUGUCAGAGAUGCCGAGGAGGAAGAAGCUGGAGACGCCAGUGAGGAAGAGGUUAAAGUCACCAAUGAAAAGGCAGAUGGCAUCCUAAGCUUGCUGAAAUCAAUGCAAGAAAUUUAUUUUUAUGAUGGUCUCUGCAAAGACUCAGAUUCCUCUGUGUGUGUGGAAACCACUGAGGAGCUGCUGAGGCUUCUGGAGUCUCACUGCAUGCCUGCCUCGGACGUGUUCGUUCUGGACCACAUGAAAACACUGUUGCUUUUGCAAGAUACUGAGAGACUGAAGAGUGCUCUGGAAAUAUUCCCAGAACACUGCAUGAUGCCUCCUGGUUCCUGCUAAUGCACCUGGGAAAGCAGCAGAAGAUGGCCCAAGUACUUGGAACCAUGCCACACAUGUAGGAGACCAGGAUGGAGUCCAGGCUCCUGGCUUCAGCCUGACCCAGCUGCAGCCAUUUCAGCCAUUUGGUGAGUGAACCAGCAAAUGGAAGAUCUCUUUCUCUCUCUGUCUCUCCCUUUCUCUGUCACUCUGCCUUUCACAUACAUAAAAUAAAACUUUUUAAAAAUGUUCUAGUUUAAGUAGUUUGAGUAUAGUAUAAUUUAUAGCCGCCACCCCCCCCCCCCCAGCUCUACUUUGAGAAAUAACAGCAAGAGCUAGUUUUCCUGAUUUAUCUUUGUCAUGGAAGAAGUUCCUAGGUUUUAGCAUUACUGAAUUGGCAAAGCAUCAGUCAAUUUAUGUAACAUUUUAGGAGAGCAUUGACUCUAUCCCUGAAAGUAAGAGUGGUAAAAUAUAUAUCACAGAAAGUAUGAUUUUAACCGUUUCUAGGUAUACAAUUCAGUAACACUAAGUACAUUCACCAUAUUGUGUGAUCGUUGCCACUGUCAUUUCUUUUUAUGCCUGAAAGAAAUGUUCCUUGCUGUGGAUAUACGACUUUUUAUUUAUCCCUUUAUCAGUUGGUGGACACUGAAAAGGAUUGUCUCCCCAUUAUGAACAGUGCCACUGUGAAGACUUGUCGACAAAAUUCUGUGUGGAUGUUCGUUUUCCUUCCUCUGGAGGAUAGAAAUGCUGACUCAGUCUUUGUUCAACAUUGGAGGAACUGCUAGACUUUCCCACAGUGCUGUACCAUUUAUACUUCCCCACAUGCUCCACACCACUUGUAAUUCUCCGUUUUCUUGAUAGUAGCCAUGCUAAUCAGUGUGAGGGGGUGUCUCAUGGUGGCUUUGAUUUGCAUUUUGCUAAUGACUAGUGAUAUUGAGUACCUUGUUAUAACUAAUGGUAAUUGGGUAUAUUUUCAAGGGCUGUUGGCCAUCUGGAUAGCUUUUCUGGAGAAAUGUGUGAAUAUCUUUUCUGGAAAAAUGGCAUGGCACAUAUUUGUGAAUUGUGCUGUUAUUUCAUUAUAGAAGUUCUUUAUAUAUUCUGCAUAUUAACCCCUACUAGAUACAUGACUUGAAAUGUUUUCUCCCAUUCUGAGCCUUGUCCUUUCACUCUCUGAGUGUGUCUUUUAUGCACUAAAAUUCUUAAUUUUAGUAAA